AUGGCUUCAACUUCUGGCGAAAAUCCUAAUGAAAGCGAAACUCCUGAAGCAUUAGAACAAAAAGGCUUUCAAUCCCGUCCGGAAACACAUAACGGUGCUGAACGUGAUCUCUAUUCUUGGACACAAACAAUCGGUGAUAUCGAUGUUCGCGUCAAAAUUCCGCAAACGAUUAAGAAAGGCAAAGAAGUGAAAGUUACUUUGGCAAAGCAACAUGUCAAAAUUGAUUUAAUCGAACCAACUGGUGCUCGAACAAUCAUUAAUAGCGAUUUACCAUGGCCAAUACGUGCCGAAGAGUCAACAUGGAGUUUAGUUCCCGGUGAACAUAUUCAUAUUUCGAUGGAAAAAGCGAUGGAACGUUGGUGGGAAAACUUUUUGGUCGAUGAGAAGAAAAUUAACUUGAAACAUAUUCUGCCUGAAAAAUCAAUGGAGGAUCUAAACCAAGAAGAACAGAUGAAAAUCCAUCAAAUGAUGUAUGAUCAAAGACAAAAAGCCAUGGGUUUACCAACGUCAGAGGAACAAAAAUAUCAGGAUAUAAUGAAACAAGCGUGGGACGCUGAAGGAUCUCCAUUCAAAGGACAACCUUUUGAUCCUUCUCUAAUGGAGGAAAAGCGCAAAGCAUUUCGAAAGCAAACAACAGGCGUGAAAGCUGAGCGACGAAAGAAAAAGAAACAAGAUGAAGAAAAUCCCGAGUCAAAAAAAGCAACAACUCUAGAAGAAGCGAAACGUCGUAAUCCAAAAGCGUUUAGUAUACAAAAUCCCAUCAAAGCUCAACAAGAAUUUCGACGGAAUCAAGAUAUCAAAGAAAAACGAAUACACCUGCCCGAAGUCGAUCGAACGCCGCUUGAACCACCGCCUGUUGUUGUUGCCUUAGUUGGACCUGCGAAAGUUGGCAAAAGUUUAUUAAUGAAAUGUUUAAUUAAGAAUUUUACAAGACAACGACUAACUGAUAUUCGAGGACCAGUCACAGUCGUUUCAGGACGAAAACGUCGAAUUACAUUUAUUGAAUGUCGAAAUGAUAUUAAUUCAAUGAUUGACGUUGCAAAAAUUGCUGAUCUAGUCUUGCUUUUAAUCGAUGCAAAAUUUGGUUUUGAAAUGGAAACGUUCGAAUUUUUAAAUAUUGCACAAAUCUAUGGUUUACCGAGAAUCAUGGGUGUUUUAACUCAUAUGGAUUUGUAUAAAAAAAUGAAUAAGCAAUUGAACAAGCGUAAAACUCAAUUGAAACAUCGUUUUUGGACGGAAAUUUAUCAUGGUGCGAAAUUAUUUCUCAUGUCUGGAAUGAAAAACAACGAAUAUAUCCAACGUGAUGUUCAAAAUUUAGCAAGAUUUAUUUCUGUAAUGAAAUUUAAACCAUCUACAUGGAAAACCUCACAUCCAUUUGUUGUUGCCGAUCGAAUGGAAGAUCUAACAGAACCCGAACUGAUUCGAACGGAUCCUUUGUGUAAUCGUACAGUAUGUCUAUAUGGUUACGUACGUGGAUGUCCAAUUAAAUCCGAUACACCGAUUCAUAUUCCAGGUUGUGGAGAUUAUAAAUUGACCAAUAUAUCAGCUUUGCCAGAUCCGUGCGCACUGCCAGCGGAUCGAUCGGGAAAAACUAAACAAGCCCGACGAGUUUUGAACGAAAAAGAACGACUUCUUUACGCACCAUUUUCUGGUGUUGGUGGGAUUGUUUAUGAUAAAGAUGCUGUUUACAUCGAAUUAGGUGGUUCACAUUCACAUCGACCAGCAAAUAAUAACGAAAAAACCAGACCAAUCAAUGAAUAUGUAGCAAAUAUUUUAUCAACGAAACAAACAAUUGAAGAAAAAGUGGCAUCGAGUCACUUGAAAUUGUUUGCUGAUAGUGAACCAGUCACAGCUGAAGAAGAACAAGUCCCAGAACGAAGAAAAGUUAGAUUUGAAACAGAAGAUGAAGAUGUUCCUGAAGAAGAUGACGACGAAGACCAAGAGGAAGAUGAUGAAGACCAAGGUGAGGAAGAGGAUGAGGGAGAAGAAGAAGAAGAAGAAAAUGAUGAUGAGGAAUCUGAACAUGAAGAAUUCGGCUCGUCAUGGAAGGAAAAUAUUUCGAAGAAAUUUGCAAUUAGUUAUGUACCGAAUAAAGCUAUCAAUUGGACAAAACUUGUCUAUGAAAAAGGAGGUGAAGAUGCAUCGGUUGAAGAUAUGAAUUCAAACGAUAAUAAUGGAGAAGUUGGUGGUUUAUUUCGUGUAUCUCGUCGGAAGAAGAUCAAUGUUAAUGAUCAAGAAGAUUAUACAUUAAAUAAUCAAAGCGAAAAACGUAAUUGGGAUUUAGAUGAUGUUUGUGAAUUAAUUCGUGAUUGUUUUGUAACUGGAAAAUGGGAGAAAGAUAAAGAUGCUGCAAAAUUACUUGCCGAAGAUGAUGAAAUGAACGAUGAUGAUGAAGAUUUAUUUGGUGACUUCGAAGAUCUUGAAACAGGUGAAAAGAGUGAAGAAAAAGAUAACGAAGAAAUGGAAUUCGAUGAUGACGACGAUGAUGAAGGAGAUGAAGAUGGCGGUGGUAAAGAUGACGAAGAAGCUAAACUUCGAUCUAAAAAAGCAAAAUUAAAAUCUACAUUCGAUGCUGAAUAUGAUCAGUCGAAAGAUCCCGACUCGAAAUAUCUCGAUGAACUAAAAAAAGAAGUAGAAAUACAAACGAAAUUGAAUCGGUCUGAAUUCGAAAAUAUGCCUGAUGAUGUUCGUGUUCUCUACGAAGGUUAUCGUCCGGGAAUGUACGUUCGUUGUGAAUUAACGCAACUUCCUUGUGAAUUCGUUAAUAAUUUCGAUCCCCGAUACAUAACCAUUCUUGGCGGAAUGCCUGUAACAGAAUCUCAUACAGGCUACAUUCAAGUUCGUUUGAAAAAACAUCGUUGGCAUAAGAAAAUCUUGAAAAGCAAAGAUCCAUUGAUCGUUUCAUUGGGUUGGAGACGAUUUCAAACAAUCCCAUAUUAUUUCAUUCAAGAUCACAAUAUGAGACAUAGACUGUUGAAAUAUACACCACAACAUAUGUAUUGUCAUGCGAUAUUCUAUGGACCGAUUACUCCACAAAACACAGGUUUUAUUGCUGUUCAACAAACUGCCGGACGUACGGACUUUCGAGUAACAGCAACAGGUGUAGUUAUUGAUCUAGAUAAAUCUACGAAAAUCGUCAAGAAAUUAAAACUUAUUGGUACACCGUAUAAAAUAUUUAAGAAAACUGCGUUUAUCAAGGGAAUGUUCAACUCGUCAUUAGAAGUAGCAAAAUUUCAAGGAGCGUCAAUUCGAACUGUCAGUGGAAUACGUGGACAGAUUAAGAAAAUCUCCAAAGAACAUCCGGGCGCAUUUCGUGCGACAUUUGAAGAUAAGAUUCUCCUCAGUGAUAUUGUCUUCCUACGAGCAUGGUUACCAUUACAAAUACCGAAAUUUUAUACACCUGUAACUAAUCUCUUGAUGAGUCCAGAACAAAAAGAUCAAUGGCAAGGACUUCGACAACUUGGUCAACUUAAACGUGAUAUGAAUAUUCGUAACGAACCGAGUGUUGAUUCCCUUUACAAGCCAAUCGAAAGAAAAGAACGAGUAUUUCGUCCAUUACAAAUUCCGACACAACUUCAACGUGACUUACCUUUUCAUCUCAAACCAAAACCGACCGAAGCUACAACAGUGAGAGAUCCAAUCGAAGAAAAACAACGUGUUGCCGUCAUUCUGGAACCACAAGAGAAAAAGAUCGCUGAUAUAAUGAAAAUGUUUACAACAGUCUAUAAAGAUCGUUUGAAGACGAAACAAAAAAAUCAAGAAGGUCGUAAUGCUCAAUACCAAAAGCAACAAAAAGUUCAAGAGUUAAAACGAUUACAAAAGCAUAAACAAUUGAAGAAAGUGGUUUAUAAAAAACUCGGCCAAAUGGAAUCGAAAAAAUCGAAAAAUAACUCUCGCCAUAAAAAAACUGAUAAUACCGAUGAAUAG